GGUCCUCCUGAAUCUAGCAUAGCAUAGCAUGGUGUAUCACAACACACAAAUGUAGAGGAAGGUCGAUGGGAGGACGACACUGAAGACUUUCUCAUUGGAUACUGUAUGACCGCACCUGGUGUUAUAGCAAAAACAUACUUCACAGAGUAGACACUGUGCAGUGGUGGUUAGACGAUUGCUCGGGUUUUUGAAUUGGACGCCAGCUGUACAUUUGACAGCUUGUCAUUUCAUCUCUUGUUGCUAGCGACCCGCGUCAAACGUUAGCCACCAUGGCAGCGCUUAGAGCCUCCUAUCACCGCAUCCUGAACAACAUCGAGCAUAUGUUACCGGCUAAACUGAGACCACUCUACAACCACCCAGCAGGUCCAAAGACCGUAUUCUUCUGGGCCCCAAUGUUCAAAUGGGGCCUUGUUAUUGCUGGGUUUGCGGACAUGACCCGACCUGCAGACAAGCUCAGCGCCUCCCAAUCUGCUGUGUUGACUGCCACAGGCCUGAUCUGGUCCAGGUACUCCUUGGUCAUCAUACCCAAGAACUGGAACCUGUUUUGUGUCAACUUCUUUGUCGGUGGCUGCGGCAGCUCCCAGCUGUACAGAAUAUUUCAAUACAAACAAGAACAAAAAGCCCUGGCUGCGGCUGGAGAAGCUUAAAGUUGAUCACCUCACCAAUCCGAUCCCUUGAAACGAGAGGAGCAGAGCACCUCUCCCUUUUACACUCAUCAUCACACAUCAUCAGAUAACCAUUCACCACUCCAUUCCUCUGACACCCAUUAUCCGGGAAAUAUACACACCAACAGAGCCCUAUCUGUAGUUCUCCUUUCUUUUUACCUUGGCACAACUUGUACAUCAUGUUUUCUCAGAUCCAAGAAGAACUCUUGAGGCCAAAUGGACGUACUUUCAUCAACUUGCACCUGCGCGAUAAAAAUGUAUUGUCCUUGACGCACAACGUUUUGACCUUUUUGGGUUUUUUUUUUUUUUAAGUGAUAACCGCAAACAUAUGCUGAGACUGUAUAAUUCAUAACUUCAUUUAACAUGUAUCAUGUAUUUGUGGGAAGAGGUAGUUUCCCAAGACUUGCUCAGCGCAUUUUAACAUGUCAUAUUACAGCGGUUUAUUGAAAGCUUGAAGUCUGGGGACUGUGGAACACUGUUAUAAAGGAAUGUCUCCAAAUAAAUUAUUGCUAGUGGGGUCUCAUCAGUGGGCUCAAGGGAAUGUUCAUGGAUGUUUGUGAAAAGUAUAUGAGCUGUUGAAGUGAGGUUCAGUGGUGUUAAACCAAAUCCUCUGAACCUUACCUCAAGGUACCAUGGUUGCUUGAUGCUUUUCAAGGAAUGUCUCCAAAUAAAUUUUAAAGUGUAACUUUUGGUCAUACUUCUCAUGGAACAUAUGCUGUUAGUUAUUUAAUGAACUUCAUUGGUUUUUAUGUUGUUAUUUUGUUGUUUUCUUUUUACGGUAGAAACUCAUCAGGGUAAAUCAAUCCAAAACGUAGGUCCAUUAGUCCAUUAAACUAAGAACAUUUAUUUUAAUUCUUAUUCUGUCUAAUUCUAAUCCAUGACACUCUAAUGUCAAAUUUAGUGAAAUGCUCCUACUUUAGGUCUGCUUCUCUGUGCUUUUAAAAAGGGGGUUUACUUAGGGAGUGGUUUAGUGAUGUAUCCACAUAGGCUAACUCAGUGGUGUCCUCGUAGAUAAGUUAAAUGGUUUGCGUUUGCGAAGAAAAGCAAAAGCACACGGCUGUCCGGCUUGGACAUUCACCACUUGAUUUGAGUUGCCAUUGUUAAGCAAGUGACUAAAACCCACUGCUCGGUUGCCCCUUGGGUAUUUCAGAGGUCCAACACUGAAAAUUUAAAAUGAAGUGCUUUUGGAUGGCAUUAGGCCUGUUCCAGCCAAAUAAUGCGUUAAAGGGACACAUGUUCAACUCAUACCCUGUAACUUGGUAAAUUACCAAGGGAAAAUGACUUAUUUAUUUUUUUACAAGUGGCCAAGGAAAGUUUAAGGUGUAAGAAGAGGUUAACAUUUUGUUUUGUUUUGUUCGUUUGUUCAUUUUUUCCCUUUUUUGUGAUUUCUGUGCCUACAGAAAUUCCACAGCAGUGUAAAUGGAAUUGUGCCACUGUCCAAUGAAAUGAAAUGAUGCAGUACCAUGAGAGACGGAUUUGCAGUACAUAUACGCAUAUUUGACUGUAGGUAGCAAUAAUAACUCCAUAACUCCUAACCUUUUAAGAUGUUAAGUUUGCAGUUUAUGAGCCUUACCAUUGCAACUGAUGUGUAGAGUUUGGAGAUUGAUGUCUCACUGAGGAAUAUGAUGGAGGAUUAGAUAUGUAAUUUAAACUCUAAUGUAAUGAUGGAUGUGAUUGAUUGCUUAAAAAAUAAAAAAAAAGGUGCUAGACUGUAAA